AUGUCCAAUGUCGCUAUCGGUAUGAUCAAGGAUACCCAAUCACAGAUCUUUGUCGAUUUCCCUGAUCGUGACUCUUUCGAGACCAUUGUGCAGACUCUUACACUUGGAAACCCCGACAAGACACGAGUAAGCAUUCACAUUGAAGGUACACGAGAACAUACUAGUGGAACGCAUGAAGUGUCACAUAAGUUUGACAUGGAUGUGAGAGAGGAGCUCUUUUUGCAUGGGUACCAAGAUCUUCUCGAUUUCGUCACCGACUAUCAGAAAACCCGCACUGGAAACCCCACAAAAGCCAUGCAGAAAAGGAUUCGAGCUUGGGAUCCAAACUUGAAUCUUACAGAGGCCAGCCGACAGGAGCGCCUGAAGUGGCGCCGGACAUACACCAUUAACUGGCUGUACGACAUGGUCAACGUUUACUCCUCAGUUGUGGUCCAACACCGGACAGAACAAAAACAGAAAAUUCCGCUCGAGCAGGUAAACUGGUCGCGGGACGGACCGUGGGGCAAGCACCGACGCUUAUUCGGCAUAAACGAAUUUGCUGGGAAUAUCACACAUCUGGCCAUGCAAAAGGCUGGAACGGACAUCCGGGCGAAAAUCUUGCCCCACCAUGUCUUCCAGUCACAAUGCAUGGUAGACUCUCUGGCUGUGUCUCGUGGUUGGUCGGUAGGCACCCUCAUCGGCCAUGUGGUAACCUCUCCUGCGUCGGACUUCAGGCCCUGA